AUGACCUCGAGCCUCAACGCCCUUGCACGCCAGCUUGCGCAACUGCAUCAGUCUGGCAACCCUGUCGUGCUCGCCAACGUCUACGAUGCCAUCACCGCCAAUGCCUUGCUGGCUACUCCUGGGGUAAAGGCCGCUGCGACAGCCUCGUUUGCGAUCGCCGCCUCGAUCGGCAUCCGUGAUGACGACCUGACCCUGGAAGACAAUCUCCGCAGCAUCGGCGUGGUAUCCAGAGCCCUCGCCGGCAAGAUUCCGCUCAGCGCCGACCUGCAGGAUGGAUACGGACCGCGCCUCGAGGAAACCAUCCGAAGUGCAAUCGGCCUUGGCGUCGUUGGCUGCAACAUCGAAGAUGUCUACCCAAACUCACGCAACCUGUAUGACCUCGAAGAAGCUGCCGAGCGAGUGCGCCAGGUUCGCCGGGUGGCCACUGAAUGCGGUGUGCCUGACUUUGUCAUCAAUGCCCGCACGGAUGCCCUGCGUCUGGGACACCCGCGCGAGGAGGCCAUUCGUCGCGGCCAGGCCUAUCUGAAGGCCGGCGCCGAUGCCGUCUUUGUCUGGGCCUACCGAAAGUUUGAUCACGACGAGCUCCGCGAGCUCUCCAAGGCUUUCGAGGGGCGACUGAGCGUCAAGUUGGGCGACCCUGGCGAGACCAUGAGCGUCCAAGAGAUGGCCGAUUUGGGCGUCUGCCGUGUGAGCGUCGGUCCGUCGAUGAUGCGCAAGUGCGUCGAGACCUUCCAGAAAGUUGCUGGCGAGUUGUUUGCCGGCGGCCGACUGUAG